GUGACUUACAGUAACGCGGAAGUAAACAAAUGACGCGGUCGGCUCGAAAUAAACUGUGCAGUUUGUAAUUUGGGAGAAGGUAGCAAUAAUGUAAUCAAACUCAGAUCAAAUACAUGCGUCCUUUUUGUUCUCUUGUCUUGUUUUCCAGUAGGUUUUAUUUCAGACUGAAAUGUUAGACCGUUAAAUUGAUAAACAACUCCUUCACGUGUUCACCAUGUGACCAAACCAAAGCACCGCCAUAUAGAUCUUAUGACAUGAUUAGCGUUGGAUCUGUUGCAUUUCAUUUUAAUCAGGAAUUAUUGAAUGCAGACAAAGCUAGUUAUCAUUUAUAUCCCCAAGUUUAACUGUAGAUGAUGCCAUGGACUGGAAUGCGACAGAAUCGAUCAUCCAGUCUGAUGAACAGCACGCGGAAAGCAGCGAGUGUGUGGACGCGAGAAAUAAACGCGAGGAAGAGAAGGUUGAGAAUCAGACUGUUAACAUCAGCUUGUGCGGAUCCACGCCUUUGCUGUGGAGGGCGGCCGACAUUAGGAAGUGUAGAGAAGAGGUCGGGGUGAUCGGGACUCUUGUGGGGUCUCUGGCCAGACAGCCAAGGCAGAACAUCAGACUGGGAAGACCGCUGGAACUCCUGCAGGAAGAGGCUCGGUUGCUGGUGCAGACUGGAAAGGCGACUGCUUUACGGCAUAAAGAGCUGUCUGAAAAUGCAGGAAGUCGUUUGAAGGCGGUUGAGUUGUACCGGGCCAGACUAGAGCAGAGUUAUGAGGAGCAAUGUGCUCUCGCCCUGGAGGAAAGGAAGGCUGUACUGCAAAGAGUAAUGAAUGAGAAACAGAAUGUUCAUAAGGAUAAUGAGGGAGCAGAGCUGGCAGUAAGGGAAAGACUUGAAUCUCUGGAGAAGAGCUUCUCAUUCCCACGCUCUGCCAUGGCUAUCCAACUCUAUACUGCUCGUGCUGGCUUCAGUCACUGUCCUGAGGAACAUGCUUUCUUAGCUGCUGAUUGGCCAAUGCCUAGAGACGAGCGCUCGGAGACGAGGUUCCGGGUUUAUAAGGAUCUUAGGAGUAAAGGCUUCUACCUAACUACAGCAGGGAAGUUUGGGGGAGAUUAUUUGGUGUAUCCAGGUGAUCCACUCCGCUUUCACGCCCACUUCAUUGCCCUGUGCUUGCCUAUGGAUGAAAAAGUACCACUCUGUGACAUUCUCGCUAUUGCAAGGCUUGGGUCCAAUGUAAAGAAAACAGUGAUACUUUGCUCACCACAGGAUACCAGUGACAGCGGAGAGGAAAUAGAAGAGGAGGUUGUGUAUUCAUCUCUGCAGUGGAGUGGAAUAGUAUAGCAUACAGGGUGAACAGACCCAGAGGAGUGCUCUCUUUGUCUUUCAGGACUUCAUAAGCUGCUGGACUGAGCCUGUUUGAAAGCAUGAGUAUUUACUAUAAAAUUUAAUCUGUUCAUUUUCUCAUGGCUGGUCAUUUGUUUUCGAUUUAUUUCCAUGUCUACCAUAAAGCAAUAUCUGGGAUGUAUCCAAUAAAUAUCUGGUUCUGGUGGAUGUUUGCCAUAUGGUUUCACCAUGACUGUGUGAA